GAAGUAGAAGUCGAGAAUUAUAUUAAACAUUUAGACCCUUAAAAAUCUAAAUAUAGUAAAAAAAGGACGUUUUCUUUACGUACUCUAAGGCACACAUAACCCAGAAUUCUUUUAUAGAAUUUUCUUACUUCUAUCAUGUUUUAUUGUGCCUUGCAACCUAUUUUAUAUAAAAGAGUGGGAGGGGGAGGGGACGAGGGAUAGAGAGAGCGCAGAAAAAAAUAUAUAAAUAUAUAUCUUAUUAAAAGAUAAUAUAAACUGCACGAUUAUAGAUAUAAAAUGACGCGUCAAUGCUUUAUAUUAUUAGGAAGCUAUGAUCGUAAAAUAUGUCUGGAAAACACUACACAUCCAUGUCCACGUUGUAAAAAGCUAGAUACAGUUCAAUUAACACGUUUUGAAAAUGAAUUAAUUAUAUGUAACAAGAGAAUUGGAUUACCAAAUAACAUGAGUGUUCGAUAUGCUUGUAAAUCGUGUAAUUGGAAAAAUGACAGUUUACCAGAUAACAGUAAUACUUCUUUACCUAUUUAUGAUAAAAUGCCUAUAUUCAUGGACUCCAAUUCCAAUCAAAUAAAUCCACUUUCUGUUACAACUUCAGCAAAAGUAUUCUCGUAAAUCAAUUAUAAUGAUACAAGGCAAUACUCUUUUAUUGUUUUUAUUUAUUUAUUUAUUUAUACAUAUG